AUGCCGGACUUCAGUUUCCGCUCCUUCGUCUCUUCGGAGGAGGCAGGUGAUUCCUCAGGAGGGGUUCUUGACCCUCGGGACGAGUGGUGGACAAGGGAACGAGCCUUCCUUGUCUCGACCUUUAGGGCAGACAGAAAGGGGGGCAUGGAGGCUCGCCUGAAGUCAGCCAAGUACGCUUCGCUCUGCCACUAUGAGAUGACGGGCGUGUGGUGGUAUGACGUCUCCACGGAUGCCAUCAUGAAGGGUUUAAGGGAGGGAAACGGCGGCUUCGCCGAGACCAAUUUUCGUCCCCCGUACGCGGACGACAAGCUCCCUCCCUCCUCCCCUCCCCGCCGCCGCCGCCCCCGUCACCGCAGUGAAAGCCCCCCCGCUGCUACCCCCCAGCCUGCCUCUCACCCUGCUGGCACCUCCCAGUCUCCGCCCCCCUCUGUCUCUGCCGGCUCCUCUCAGUCUCCGCCUCCCGCUCUCCCUGCUGGCUCCCCCCAGCAUCAGUACGUGCCCAACCAACCUAAUCCUUCUGGGCCGUCGUUUGCUGCUGGGGGUUUCCCAGAACCAGUCGCCUUGCCCCAGGCAACCAACGCAGGGCUGCCUGCCAACCUUUACCUCCCCGGGGUAGACAGCCCGUUCGCGGCUUGGCCCCCUUCUUCCUCUUUGGGUCAGCCAGCCGAGGAUCCUAUGGGCAUGUCUGUGGGUAUGGGCCUGGACACCGAAGAUCAGCUUUUCGGCUGUCCCAUGCCAACCUCUUUCCAGGAUUGGCUCAAUUCAUUAGACCCUGAAUUCUCACACGGUCAGGCCGGGGUUAACAUCUUUGACAUUGAACUUCGGGGGGAUAUCUACUCUGGCGUGGCGGGAGUGGUUGAUCCUGCGGGUUUGACGGCCCAUUUGGAAAAUUGA